CCCAUCAUCUUAACCAAAAAAAAAAAAAAGCAUUCAAGACACUGUUCCAUCAGCUUCUCUCCUUCUUCCCUAACCAAUUCUACUACCUUUCCCCCUGCAAAAAGCUCAGAAAAGGCAGCAUGGUCACGCCAAAAUCUAUGUUCACAGCCAUGAACGCAAGACUAAUUGGUUCUGGAAAAGAAACCAUAAUUCUUGCGCAUGGCUACGGGGGAGACCAUUCGGUCUGGGACAAAGUGGUGCCCUCGCUGGCUCAGUUACACCAAGUUUUGGUUUUUGACUGGAGUUUCUCAGGUGCCGUCAAAGAUCUAAACCUCUUUGACGCAGUUAAGUAUUCUUCAUAUGAUGCUUUUGCCGAUGAUAUAAUAGCUCUCGUGGAAGAAAUGAACUUAAAAUCUUCAGUCUUUGUUGGACACUCCAUGUCUGGGAUGAUUGGAUGCAUUGCUUCAGUCAAGAGGCCCGACUUAUUCAGCAGGCUGGUACUUGUUGCAUCUUCUCCAAGGUUCAUAAACUCAGAAGACUACGAAGGAGGAUUCGAGAUCUCCCACGUUGAACAGAUCUUUGCUAGCAUCGAGUCCAACUACGACCAGUGGGCAACCAGGUUCGCAUCAAUUGUGGUAGACAACAACGAUCCUCCCUCGGUCGAAAAAAUUGCAGGAACCUUGAAACGAAUGGGAUAUAAAACCGCACUUCCCUUGGCCAAAACUGUUUUCCUCAGUGACCACAGGGCCAUUCUUGAAAAGGUUACGGCGCCAUGUACCAUUAUUCACACGGCAAGGGAUCUCGUCGUCCCAGAUUCUGUCCCAAUCUUCAUGCAGAACAAAAUCAAAGGAACAUCAACCAUCGAGAUUAUCGCUACCACCGACGGCCAUUUUCCUCAGCUCACUGCACAUAAGCUCUUCCUUGAUGUUCUUGAUAAGGUCUUGAUCGGUCACUAAGCCGUCCGUCAUACAUAAUGCUUCAUGAACUUUUUUUAAUCUGGUCUUUGUGUACCUUUUUUUUCGGUUGGGGUGGAUAGAGAUAGAAAAUUGCUAGGAUAAUAAAUGCUUUCUUCGACAUGUGACAUUGUACUUUGGGGUUGUUUACAUGGGAUCCCUCCUGUACUAGGAAGUCUGCAGCGAUUUACCAGUUUGCACUCGUGGUUACUGUAGCUUGUGUGGGUUUGUCGAGUGUUCAAAAAGUGUGGAUUUGACGCUUCUUGUUACUUGGUGUUGUAAAUUAUUGCUCGAUAUUUUAAAUGGCGUUAUGAAAAUUAUACUACGUUA